AUGCAAGCCAACCAAAACAACGACUAUGAAGUCAUCACUUUGACCGCAUUCGAUCAAAUCAAUCCACGAGGAUGGCAUCAAUUCUGUCUCUGUUAUCCUUUUCCAGACAAGUCAGAAAUGAACGGGGCUAUCUUCCUUUUGAACCACUAUCUUCAAAACAUUGCCAACCGGUUUCCCUAUCUUUGCGGUAUGAUUGCAUUUACCGAUACUUCCAAGCUAAAGAUCGAACUUCGCUAUCCCAAACCACCUCUUGAUGCGCUCAGGCUCCAGCAGUUCUUUACAGUAAAUGAUCUCACCGCAGAGUUAUCAUACGAAGAACUCACCAAAGACAUGAUGCCUCGAGAUCGUCUAGAGGAUAGAUUUUGGUUAAACUGGACAUCGCCUAACCCGGAAGAGUAUGACGCCUACGUUAUGAAUAUUCAAGCCAACUUGCUGCAAGGAGGUCUUGUCCUCUCAUUCAGCUUCUAUCGCGGCGCUAUGGACAUAGAUGGUAUCAAUGCGGUCAUGCAUCAGCUUUUUAGGGAAAUUAGGAUGGGAGUUGACAUUGAUCAGCCUUGCUCAACAGGUUCCGCGAGGCAGCAGCAAUUUCGCAAUAGAAUGGAUAUAGAAUUUGGAACAGAACAGCAGCAAGAAUAUGCACAAAAAGUAUUGGCAAUGGGUGAGCGUCCAAUACCAUCUCCAAAUCAAGUGGCAUCAUCGCCUUACCCGGAAAUCAAUCUGCAACCCCCAUUGCCAUUUUUCGAGCUAGGCAUGCACGCCAUCUUCACGUUUAGCUCCGGCUUUGUCCAUAGGCUGUAUGAUGCAGUCGGCAAUUGUCUCCGAAAGCAAGGCAAAACUAUUACGAUUGAUCGUAAAACUUGUUUGGCCGCCUUCAUCUGGUCCGACAUUAUGCGUGUGCGUGCCGCUUGCAGAGGAUCAUCGUUCACCUCAACAGCUAAAAUUGGCUUUGGUACAAAUGCACGAAAGGUUUCUGGUGUUCACGAUCUUUAUAUUGGAAAUAUGAUGGUACCGGUGCUGGCGACCUCGAGUUUGUCUCACCUCAUAGACAACCGAGAAUCAAGAAACGGAGAAGAUGAUUGUCCCCAUUACAAGAUUAUCACACGCGCUUCUUUAAAGAUUCGUGAAGCUGAGACUGCAGUCAACGCCGAUUAUGUCAAAGAACGCUACAGACAAUAUGCUACCCUUCCAGAUCCCACCAUUGCAAUAAACGCAUUAAGCAAGGCUAUAGACUUGUCUGGCGCUGGUGUCUUUUUCAACUCAUUGCUGCCGCUCAAUAAUAUUAGCAUGUUCCCUCUCCCUAGCUACGGGAAGAACGCAGAGUUCGUACGCACGGUUGUUGAAAACCAUGCAUUUGCAGGAAUGUGCACGUUUCUGCCUCGGAGUGCGCAAUUCGGUAAUUCCGACUUUAACGAGCAUUGGGAGGUUUCUGUGGGGUUGGCCCCGGCAGAGAUGCAAAGGAUCAUGUCUGACGAAAAAAGGGGUUUAAAACGCUGGGCGAAGAAAGUUGAUGUAGUGGUAGAAGGGUUCUAG